CAUUGAAAUGUUGGUAAGAAUAUUUUAUUUCUUUAAGAGAAUGAAACAAUAUACUAUGCAUUUUGGUUGGUGGGUGGUGGGUACUCGGUAUCAUAUGCCUAGAUUAUUAUUUAUUUUUACUGAAUAAGUUUAUAGUAAACUAAACAAGUUUAAUAAUAUAAAAAUGCAGUGCAUAAUUAUUUUGGAUUAUACUAUUUUAAUUAAUGUGAAUAAUUUAUAAUUAGGUAUGUAAUUGUGUAAAAUAUUAGAGCAUCUUUUUUAAUGUAAACAAAACAAAAAUAAUACCUUUAAAUUUAAGCAUAUACUUAAAUAAUUUUUGUUGGCAAAAAUAAUUGUUACAAAAAUAAUGCAUAUUAAUUACCCGGAAGAGAAUUUAAAUUUAAAGCAUAACAUAUUAACUAAAUAUCAUAAAUGGUAAUUAGUAAUUGGUAAUAAUAAUUAAAAAUUACUAAUUACUAAUUUAUAAUCAGCUAAGAAUCAUUAUUAAAUUAAUAUACACUGCAGAUAUUAUAUAGUUACUAAUAUGUGCGUGUAUCCGUCAAUAAUUGAAUGGUUUAUGAAUCAUUGUAAUUUGUCACUUCUAGGUGUGAGUAGUGCUUACGAAACAUUUUUCAUCUAAAUUCGUCUAAUUUAAUCUAAUUCAAGAUUAAAAAUUCUAUUUAUUAGUAGAAGUAUAAUGUAAUAAAUUAAUAUUUUAUUAUAUUUGACACGUUCUAAUCAACUUAAUUUGAUACUUUCGACUGAUGUUUUUUAUAUAAAAAUAAAGUGAUAUUAAAGUUUUUCAUGAAAACCAUGUUUAUUAUUAAAAAAUAUAAUUUAUUAAAUGAAUGAAUACUACAGGAAUAUUUAAAAGGAAUUGCAUCUAACACAGCAUAAAGUUUUUCGCUUACGACGUAAAAUCUAUAGAAUACAGUCGUUGAACUACAAUAUUAUAAAUCUAAAGAAAAAUGUAUUUUUAUUUUUUUAAAUUAUGUGAAAAACUUACUACUCAUUACAAAAAACUCUAACACUUCACCAUCAUAACAUUCAUAACAAUUAGGUAUGGUGUAGUUCUAUUAUAAUUAAGUAACGAAUCCUCAUAAGAUUUCAGAGCUUGAGAUUGGAAUGACAAACACAGUCUAUACAUGCUGAACCCGAACAGGAAUAAUAACCUGUGUCAGCUGUCACUCAAAAAAUAGAUAUUUAAAACUAAAAAAAUUUAAACUUUAAAUAAAUUUUAACACUCCCUGACAAAAUUUAAAAAAUAUUUAAAUAGAACUUUAUAGGUAAUAAAUGUAUAAAAUACUAAAAAAUUAUUAUUAAUAUUAUUAAAAUACUAUUAAACGAAAUUAUUACAAGUUGUGUAUACGAAAAUAAUAGUCUGGCAAUGUCAAGCACUCUUCUUUCACUCUCAACACCGAAAGUGUAUUACAAUCGGCAUAACUGUUCGAGUGUCAGAAUCUUGGAACCGGUAUCCCGUUGGUAUACUAACUGGCAAUAAAUAUCAAAUGGGAGUUUAUGAUGAAUGUGUUGAUGUGCAUCGUCCAAUAAGAGGCCAGUAUUGUCUGUCCGAAAUAAAAUUACUUCCACUGACGGGAAAAGAUUAUAGUUUUAAUAGAACGGAAAAUUUAGAUGAUUUUGGUAACAAUCAUGCAUGGAAAACAAUUCUCGGGUGGGUUGAUUAUCCAGAUCAAGUUCAACGAAAUAGCUUAAACUUGGGAAUUUGCAUUCCAAGUUCUUGUUCAGCAUCAGAUCUUCAAAAAUCAUUGCAAAAUGAAUUAGACAAGGUAUUUUUACCAGAACAGUUCAAAGCAGUUGUUAAUGUGAAUCCGCUAUUAUGCACUGUCAGUGAAGACAUGUAUCCUCACAAUACAGCAUAUUAUGUAACAAAUAUAAUUUUUGGAGCCAUAUUAUUAAUUUGUGGUGCGGCAACAGCUCAUCAUUAUGUAGCAUUAUCUUGCCAACAAAAAAAGAAUCAAGGCGAAAAAGAAGUUCCAAAAUCUUGUUUUUACAUAUUUUCUUUUAUUCAUUCUGGAAAAUUUUUAUUAAACUACAAUAAAGAAAAUGAAUUUAAUGUACUUAAUGGUUUGAAAGCGAUCAUCAUGUUACCAAUUUUAUUGGGUCACAGAUUUAUGUACUUAGUUGGAAAUCCAAUAAUUAAUCCUAAAUUUAUAGAACAUAUAUACCUCCAUGGACGUGAUAUUUAUUUGACUUGUAUGAACUUAACUGACCCAUUUUUUUUCAUAACUGGUUUUUUGAUAUACACGACAUUAGUACCAAUGUUUAAAAAAUUGAAAAAGGAAUCAAUAUUGGUAAAACUUAUAACACCAAUUGUCUACAGAAUAAUCAGAAUAUUACCGGCUUAUUGUGCAAUGAUGGCAAUCACAGCUCACAUCGUACCGCACCUUGGAGAUGGACCACUGUGGUCUUAUAAAACCUGGGACGAAGCCGAAAUAUGUAAAAACUAUUGGUGGACCAAUAUGUUGUUUAUAAGUAAUUUAAUCGAUUCUAAGUAUGAAUGUCUCAUAGUCAGUUGGUACAUAUCUUGUGAUAUUCAGUUUUGCAUACUUGGAGUUAUUAUUGUUUACAUUUACACAAAGAACAUUAAAUUCGGGAUUGGAUUAAUCAUCGCAAUGCUUGGUGUGUCGAUGUCUGUGCCUUUUAUAAUCACGAUUUUGACGAAAAGGGAGGGAAUAAUUAAAAUACUUCUUCCGUUUCUAGAAAACACAAGAUAUUCCGCGACAUUUAAUGAGUCAUACAGAGCAAGUUACAUGCGAGCUUUUCCUUUUUUUACUGGUAUAGCAAUAGGUGUAAUAAUUGAUAAACUAAAGGAAAAUAAAGUAAAAUUUUCACAAAUGACUGUUUACGCUGGGACGUUCACUAUUGCCGUAAUUUGUAUGUGGGUUCAGUUUUAUGGAGCUAUAUUUUAUAAAAGAGAUAGACCUUAUUAUGUAUUAGAACAAGCUUUAUAUUCAACUUUAAAUCAUUGCACAUGGGUUAUAUUUUUUGCAUGGGUGUUUCUUUGUCACUUCACAAGUGGUUAUGGUCUACUAACAAAAUUCUUAAAUAAUAGAUUUAUUGUACCAAUGGGAAGACUUUCUUAUUCCGUUUUUUUGGUGAACCUCACUAUAAUGAUGAUAUCACAGAGUCGACUAAGAACGCCAAAUUAUCUUUCAAAACGAACUGUGAUAGAUGCUUGGAUGUAUGAUACGUUGAAAAGUUAUUUGAUGGGCUUAAUAUUAUUUAUGGUUAUCGAAGCUCCUGCAGGAAGUUUGGCUAGUAAAUUUUUUAAACGAAAGUAAAUCAUUGUUUUUGUGUACCUUUGAUAAAUUGUUGUAGUUAUUCAAAUAUUAUAAAAUCUCCAAAAAGUGUAUUCAUUGUUAUUUAUACUAGUUAUUGUAUUUAUAUUUAAUUAUUUUCAAUUGUUUGUGAAAAAUAAACUUUAUACAUGUA